AGAGAAGAAGAACAGCACUGCGCAUGAACACUGGGGUUAAACCAUAACCACACAGCUAUGCAUUACAGUGAGGUUUCUACUUAUUACCCAGCAUGGCUCUAGUUCCCUACGUGGAGAAUCAGCUACCUGCUCUUUCCAAACUCCACAAUUCAUCAGCACAGUUUCGCUUCGCCAACCACGACCUGCGUCUGGCGCAGGACUGGAAGAAGCUCGGGGUGGCAGCGGUGGUGUGGGAUGCGGCAGUCGUCAUGUGUAUGUACCUGGAGAUGGGGAAGCUGGAGCUAAAGGGGAAAGGGGUCAUUGAACUGGGAGCUGGCACUGGACUGGUGGGCAUUGUUGCAGCACUGAUGGGGGCCAAGGUCACCAUCACUGACAGAGAGCCGGCCCUGGACUUCCUUUCUGCCAACGUGAAGGCCAACCUGCCCCCGGACUCCCAGGGGUCAGUGGUUGUGUCAGAGCUGAGCUGGGGAGAGGGCCUUGAACGUUACCCAGCUGGAGGAUUUGAUGUGGUGCUGGGGGCAGACAUUGUUUACCUGGAGGACACCUUUGUCCCGCUGCUGCAGACUCUGGAGCACCUGUGUUCAGACUCCACCGUGGUGUUGCUGGCCUGUAAGAUCCGCUACAAGCGAGAUACAAACUUUUUGAGCAUGCUGAGGCAGCAGUUCAGCGUUGAAGAGGUCUACUAUGAGAAACAGAGGGACAUCCAUGUGUAUCAAUCUUUUAAACUGCCACCCAGGACGGAUUUGUGACGACCGGGUGUCCUGACCGAUCAGUUUGACUGCCUUCUUAGUUGUAAUAAUUAACUGUUUUUUUUUU